AUGAACGGAUUCACGAUGUCUGCUCCUACUAUCUCAGCGUCUUCUACAGGUGAAAAUGUUGCUGCUGAACCAAGACGGAGUGGCCGCGAGAGAACUUCAACACAGCGCUACGAGACCACAGUCGCCAGCAGCUCAUUGAAGAGNAAAAGAGCGAGUGUUGUCGACAACUCCAAUAACGAAAAACCACAGUAUGCACCGAAGACACAUGCGCAAGCUACAGCUACGAAAAACAAUUCCAGAGCAUCAAGCAAGCGGGUGACAACCAAGAAAACCACUCAGUCUACUGGUGAUAGCGCCAAGCCAACUAUUCAAUCACGUCUCAACUCAUCUAAACACUCAGGAGAUGUUGUUGACCCUACUGGAGAUGAUGAUGCUGCUGCGACAUCGUCAAAGAAGCACAAGAAGCUCACAUCAGGCAAGGAUAAGGAAAAACGCCUCAAAAGAGAGCGCACGCACGCGCCACAGAAGUACACGACUGUCGCGUAUCGCGCUACAACUCAACGUAUGGUAGUGAUUGAUAGACGUCGCACAGACAACGAUGACUGCCCACACCAAACUCCACAUUGUCCUAUGGAAGAGGUCGACCUUGCCGGCAGCACAGGCAACAUCUACACAGUCAAGAUAACACAUGUGCCCGAGUGCACCUGUCCAGACUUCCGUGUCAAUAACAACCCGCAGUGCAAACAUAUCCUAUAUGUUCUGCUAAAGGUUCUCAAAGUUUCAGAGCCAUUGAACUAUCAAGCAGCAUUCUUGACUUCGGAGCUGGAAGAAAUCUUUGAACACGCUGGACCUCUGCCUGCGGAGACAGUCCACACAGAAGAUAAAGACGGAAAGCGCAAGCCGAUUGAAGGAGACUGUCCAAUUUGUUGCGAGGAGCUCUCUCAAGAGAACGAGACCAUCGUAUGGUGCCAGGCUGCAUGCGGCAACAACCUUCACAAAACUUGCUUCGAUCAAUGGGCUGCGACAAAAGGUCACGGCCAAGUGACUUGUCCUUACUGCCGAACCCAGUGGCAAAGCGUAGUUGACGGCGGCGCUCUGAAGGGUUUGGCCAAGACUGGACCCAAGAAUCGGGACGGAUAUGUCAACGUGGCAGACCAAGUUGGCAUGUCUACCAGAAGAGACUAUUCCACCUAUCAUGUGAUGCUAAUUGGCAUGUCUAGNGACUAUUGGGUUCGUGCGCAGCGACGAAACGGACUGCUCGAUGAUGACGAUUACGAUUACGAUUAUGAAGAUGAAUAUUGA